AUGACGGGAAAAGGCUGUACGGGUCAAGCUUGCGCAGCAUGCAAAUACCAGAGAAGAAAAUGCUCUUCUGACUGCCUGCUGGCGCCCUAUUUUCCACCGGAUCAGCCAAAACAGUUUCUCAAUGUGCACAAACUAUUUGGAGUGAGCAACAUUUUGCGUUUGUUGAAGCAGCUUGAUGAUACCCAGAAGAGCGAUGCCAUGAAAUCUAUUAUUUACCAGGCAAAUGCCCGGGAGAAGGAUCCUGUUCAUGGGUGCUUUGGCGUUAUUGUUAUGCUGCAGAACCAGGUUGAAAGGUUGAAACAAGAGCUUGAGAUUGUGAGGAAUCAGUUGAUUCUUUUGGAGCAGCAACAGUAUCAAAAUGGUGGUUUGCAGCAGCAGAUUCAGCCUUUGGAAGGUCAUGUGUCUCUUUCACAUCAGCAUACGGAUUUGCCUGAGAACACCAAUUCUUGGAUUUACCCUUAUGUGCAGAAUUCUCCUUAUGAGGGGCAGCCACUUUAUCGCCAGGCUAAUUAUGAUGUUAGUAGACCUAAUAAUUUUGUUGAAUAUGAACAACAGCAACAGCCCUGUGUAGAGUCCAAGGAAGGAUUUGAAUCCAGUACAAAGUCUUCUUUGAAGGAAACACAGUGCUUGGAUCAUGUGGCAGAUCAUGAGCUCAAGAAUGCAGCCGCCUUGUUUACUCUCACAACCGAUAACUAG